AUGUCGAAAUUUUGGAGUCUCGAAGAAAUCGCGGCAACACAGCAUUACGAUCAAGAGGAAAAAAUGUGUAUCGAGCAUUUCGAAAAAACAGUCAAAAGAGGCAGUGAUAAUAAAUUUGUUGUACAGUUACCUUUAACAGAAAAAGUUGAAAAGUUGGGCGACUCCCGAUCAAUCGCUAAAAAACGGUUUUUGGCGCUAGAAAAUCGUUUAAGCAAGGACAAAAAAUUGUGUACUAGUUAUAAAGAAUUUAUAAAUGAAUAUUUACAGUGUGGACACAUGGAGAUUGUGCCGAAGGUGGAAAAUGAAGACACUCAAUCGUACUUCAUGCCACACCAUGCUGUAUGUAGAGAUUACAGCAUAACGACGAAAAUACGUGUUGUAUUCGAUGCGUCAUGUAAAACAAACACUGGUAUAAGUCUAAAUGACGUAUUACUCAAAGGACCUGUAAUUCAAGAUGAUUUAAUUUGCAUUGUAGCUAGAUUUAGAACGCAUAAAUAUGUGCUGUCAGCUGACAUAAAGCAAAUGUACAGACAGAUAUGGGUGUCCGAAAAGGAUAAAAACUUGCAAAAAAUAUUAUGGCGUUUCAAACCCGACGAUGAGGUGCAAGAAUAUCAAUUAAAAACAGUGACUUACGGCACAAAACCAGCUUCGUAUAUAGCAACAGGCUGUUUAAAGAAAUUGUCGGACGAAAAUAAGGUACAAUAUCCAAUGGCAAGCGAAGCAAUCGCGUCCGAUUUUUAUAUGGACGAUUUAUUGAGCGGCGCGAGUUCAUUGUCAGAAGCAAUUAAAUUACGCGAUAACGUAAUAACAAUAUUGGAUAGCGCCGGACUGCAAUUAAGAAAAUGGGUAUCUAAUAGUUCGCAGGUAUUACAUAACAUUCCAAACAUCGAUAACGACCCACUGCGUGUAUUAAAUCUAGAUAGCAGCCCGGUCAAAACGCUCGGGUUAUUUUGGAACCCGCAUGAAGACACAUAUCGGUAUAAGGUCAACGAACUCUUACGACAACCUACAUCAACAAAGCUAAUGACAAAACGAGAUAUAUUAUCAUGUAUCGCGACAGUAUUCGAUCCCCUUGGCUUAAUUGGUCCAAUCGUAAUAAUAGCAAAAAUUAUUAUGCAAAAGGUGUGGCAAAAGGGACUUAAUUGGGACGAACAGCUUCCGUUACCAAUAUUGAAUGAAUGGGAAGAUAAUUGUCGAGAGCUAGUAAAAAUAGAAAAUAUUGUUAUUCCAAGAAAAAUAAUCGGCUGCGACGAGUACACAAAUAUUCAAGUACACGGGUUCGCGGAUGCGUCAACGAUCGCUUACGGCGCGUGUUUAUACAUACGAACAACGGAUUGUACGAAAAAACAUUAUACGCGUUUAAUAGUAGCAAAAUCCCGCGUUGCUCCAUUAAAAACAGUGUCUCUGGCGAGAUUAGAAUUAUGCGCAGCUGUUUUAUUAGUGCGCCUUGCAAAAAAAAUAAUUCCAAAAUUACGUAUAAAAAUAACACGCGAAUAUUACUGGUCUGACUCGUCAAUCGUAUUGGCAUGGAUAAACGCGCCAUCAUCGCGAUGGAAAACGUUCGUCGCGCAUCGGGUUGGAGAAAUACAGGAAGUAACGGAUAGCUCACAAUGGAGACACGUAACAUCGGAACAUAACCCAGCCGACAUAAUAUCUCGCGGCUGCACUCCCGAAAAAUUGCAAAAUAAUAUUUUGUGGUGGGAGGGUCCGCCUUGGAUAAACAGUAAUGAGGAUGAGUGGCCUCAAAAAACAGUCGAGACAAAAAUAGCGGAAAAUGAAAUUCCAGAAGAAAGAAAAAGCGUCGUAGUGGCAACAGUCGUGACCGAAGAAAUUUCGGUAAUAAAAAAAUAUUCUUCGCUAACGAAACUAUUACGAGUCGUUGCUUACGUCAUGAGAUGGAAAAGCCACGUGAUCGACAAGGUGCAGUUCGCAACCAGGACAAUCGAGUUAAGCGAGUUAAAUGACUCAAAAGAAAAAUUAAUAAAAAUAGUUCAACAUCAGCAUUUCAGUGAUGAAAUAAAUUGUUUAAAACAAUCAAAAAACGUGUCUAAUAAAAGUAAAUUGCGUUUUUGGCGACCGUGGAUAGAUAAACAUAAUAUCUUACGGGUCGGAGGUCGAUUAAAUAAAUCAGAAUCAAUAAGCAUCGAAACGAAAAAUCCAAUAUUAUUACCGGCAAAAUCAACUUUGACAAAACUAAUAUUCGAACACGAACACCGGCGGUUGUUACAUGCCGGGCCUCAAGCGCUGCUAGCCGGCGUACGUGAACGAUAUUGGCCACUGGACGGAAGAAAUAUCGCCAGGAAAACCGUCCACAAGUGUGUUCUGUGUUUUCGCACAAAACCCGUAAUUUGUCAGCCCAUUUGUGGUGACUUGCCGAAAGACAGAAUAGAACCGAGAAGACCGUUUGAAGUUUGUGGCGUAGACUAUGCGGGACCAAUCAUGGUAAAAACAAGUUUACGACGAAAUGCACAAGCGACAAAAGGCUAUAUUUGUGUUUUUAUUUGUUUUGCCACAAAAGCUGUGCAGCAUCUCGAAUUGGUGGGAGACCUGAGUACUAAUGCGUUUCUAGCAGCGCUAAGAAGAUUUUGGUCUCGGCGUGGAAUAAGCAAAACGAUAUACUCAGAUAACGGUACCAACUUCGUAUGCGCAAACCGGCAAUUACAAGAACUACGACAUAUUUUAUUUUUAUCUGAACAGCACAAGCAGCAAGUCCAAGAGUUUUCGGCCGAAAUAGGCGUUCAAUGGAAAUUUAUUCCACCCCGCGCUCCGCACUUUGGCGGAUUGUGGGAAGCAGCCGUAAAAUCGGUAAAAGGGCAUUUACGUAAGAUAUUAGGAAACGCAAUGCUAAUUUACGAAGAGCUGUAUACUGUGUUGGUACGUAUCGAGGCAUGUUUAAACUCACGUCCUAUCACCCCCCUCUCAUCCGACCCUACUGACUUAAAGGCACUCACUCCCGGUCAUUUCCUUAUCGGAAGCUCUCUAAAUGAUAUACCAGACGUCGACAUGUCCACGGUGUCGCCAAAUCGAUUACGUAGGUGGCAAAGAACCGUGCAAUUAACUCAGCAAAUAUGGCAUCGAUGGCGCACGGAAUACUUGUCACAAUUAAUAGGACGACAAAAAUGGUUCAAAUCAAAAGGAGAAACACUCAAGGAAGGGGCAUUGGUAAUUCUCAAGGAGGACAACAUUCCUCCACUUCAGUGGCGCUUGGGAAGAGUCACGCGAAUACUAGCGGGUGACGACGGGGUAGCCAGGGUAGCAAUGGUAAAAACGGAAAGAGGAGAAAUAAAACGGGCAGUUCGAACUCUAUGUCCAUUACCCGCCGACGAUGAUAAAUAA